AUGUAUAAAUACCCUACGGAAUUCGUUUCCCAAAUUCUAAACUUGUAUCUAUCACACAUCACAGAGCUGGCACAAUCUUCUUCUCAGAUGGCCUCCAACAAAGACUUCAACCCCGACAGGGACCUCGUUUACUUACAAGUGACCUACCCCAAGAAGAGAGAUCUAAUCGGGCCCUACUUGAUCACCGACCACGGUCUUGACGCAGCACGGAAGCGUCUUCUCAACCUUUGCAAACUAAACAUCGGAGGGAUGAACGAUAGCCUACUCGCAACGAUCAGAAAUAAGCUCAACCAAUCGGACUUCAACUUCCAAGCUCUCAACAAGAGCCGGUCCAUCACGGACGACCAAAAUCGCGAGCUCUUUGAGGUCAGCAACUUGCUAUCGUCCAGCGCUGAUGUCGUGGUUUAUAUCCGUAAAGAGGAAAAAGAAGGACGGAAGGCAGCCUUACAUACUGUUUAUGGGUGCAGCAAGGACACCGGAGAUUACAAAAAGUGGCACGGAGGCUUUGAACCAUACAAAAAGGCUGAAGACAUGCUUGUUUGGCCUUGCGGUGAAGAAUGGAAUGGUGUUGAAACUCAUUCGAGCGACGUUGCCGCCCGAACCUGGCUCCUAUUGACAGCAUGCGACAAGAUGAAGAAUGUAAUUCGAGCCGUGCCAAAUACAAGGGAUUGGCCCACAAUGUAUGAGGGUAAACGGCAGAUCAUGAUGAUUUGGAAGGUCGUCGCGAACGAUGCGGAGGGAUAG